ACAGUUGAUUUGCACGUACGUCGACACGGGGGGCGUAAAAAUUAAGCGAAACGCAAGUACCGAAUUCGGUGGGGCCACAUCCUCAUGACCGAUUCAUCCAUUUCAACACCAUGCACCGAAUUCCGUAGCAUACAAGGACAGAUCCACUAUCUACCAUGCGGACCUACCCUAAUGGUGAGCAGGCGAGAGGGCCACAUUCUUCUCAGAGAUGACAACUCCAUCAGUCGCCAGCAUGCUUCCAUCACUGUGACGCAUUCUAUGUCAGACUUGAAAAAUAUCACUGCACUCCCAAAGGUGAAUCUUAGUGAACUAGGGUCUAAGUAUGGGACCUUUGUCAACGAAGGUAUUGAAAAAAAUCGCAAACUAGCCGUUAAAAGCACAACAGAGCUGAACGAUGGUGACAGAAUAAGGUUUGGGAUGCUCACAAACGUAUGGCGGCUGGGCUACAAGCCGCUGGUGGUGACAGCAUCCACCUUGAAGCCAGAUCACAAGAAGGGCCUGGCAGAUGACUUGCUGAAGCUUGGGGGUCACUUGGUCAGCGAGUGGAACCCAAGUUGUUCAUACCUUGUUAUGAACAACAUCACACUCACAGUCAAGGUUGUGUGUGCCCUGGCAGGAGCGCGGCCUAUAGUAACCCCAGAGUUCUUCACAAAGUGGGCCGAAGCUGUAGUGAAGAAGGAGCCUCUCCCCGAUGCCAGUGACUUCUUGCCCCCAUUACAGGAAUUAAGCCUCGACAAAUCUAAAGUCGAUUUUUCCCCCAUGGAGGCAAGGAAAAGUGUGCUACAGGGUCGUACACUUCUGUUUUCCUCAGCCAAGCAGAUCAGUCGGAUGGGCCCGGCAGUUGAGCUGGCAGGAGGCAAAGCUGAGGACCUGACAGCGGAAAACUUUGUACACAUAACCAAGGACAAUUACCUUGUGAUCCAGCAACCCCCAGACAAGAACCAGCUUUCACAGAGUAACAGCCUUCUUACCGAAGCAAGAAAGACUCUCAAAGAGAAGGGUUUGCGUGUGAUACCAGAGUCUGAUAUUGGUCUGGCUAUCCUCUACUUGAACACUGAAGGCCACUGCAAUCCAGCUUUCAAGGUUAAUAACAUCCUGCGAAAGCAUGGAUCCACAUCGCAGAUGACAGAGGGACUCCAAAUAUAUGCCACAGAAACCCAGAACUCUGAGAUGUCCUUGUCGUUGACUGGAUCCCGCGUCAUCCCUGAGACAGGCGAAUCAUCGAAGAAAACCCCCAGUUCUACCCGGGGAGGAGGAGGAGCUGCCCCUCCUUCUUUCCCGAGCUCCUUUCCCCUCCCCCCCUCGGCAAAUAGUACCUCCAUGGCCUCUCCCAAAGAUGUGGAUAUCACUCAGAACAAUACAGAGAACAAGGAGAACCUGGCUAAUAAUCAGAAGAAGAGGCCCAGAACAGGCAGUGUCGAUGCUAUGUCUCCGCCCGCCAAGCUUUCAAAUAGGUCACAGGUCGCGAGCUUGCAGCCUCCCUCCGAGCCACCUGAACCAACACAGCCAAUGGAAGAAAAGGAUGACAGUCAGGAAUCUGAAAUGGCCUUGUCGAGAUUUGAUCCCAAGCACCAUAGCACACAGCGAGAACCCCCGACCUCAACAGUUGCGGCACCCAACACUGCUCAGAAGUUGGAGAGUCGAGCGGGAAAUAGUGCAGUGCCUGCUAGUUCAGGGCAGUCAGUCGAACCAACGGCAGAGCGAUCAAUCCCAUUUGAGCCCUACACACUUCCCAGCCUAAAGACAGAAGCCCUCAACCAGGAGGAUGAGCUCACUCAACCUUUCCAGCCCAUUAAAGAGGAGCCUUCAAGUUGCCCUGUUGAGGAGGAAAAGGACGUCAUUCUGGAUGAGACAGAUUAUCGCAGGGAAAAGAGGCCAAUUGAUGAAAUUGAUUUAACAGAUGAAAAUGAAACACAUGCCUUGCAAAGUGCAAAGCGAACAAAAGUAGCCGAUUCGAUUGGCAAAAGGCCAGAAAAGAGAGAAAGAAGCCCACCGGACACAAGCGAACCUCAAGCACGGAAGGCCAUUAAGCAGGAAUCAGAGCCAGAUGAAGAUCUCUUCACGCUCCCAGGUGGAAAUGCAAGAAUCAGGCGCAGAGCUGAUAUGACGGAGCAGGUCAUCCCCUCAUAUGACAACCUGAUUUUGCAGAAGGCCCCAACAGGAAGCCAGGUCACAGCUGUCAGCAAGAUUGAGAGCACAGAUGGUGGUGAGGACCCGUUCGCUCUACCCACUUCGUCCAGGGCUCAGCGGAGGAGACAGCAGCAGCAGGAGGUGGUGUUGAAAGUUGAGGAGAGGCAGCCGGAGUCGUCUGAACCUGCUGAACAUACACAGACUAAUGGCAUUCCUUCUAACUCACUGAAGAGCUCCGCAUCUGUGAUAACAAGCAGCCAGGAAAAUUUUCUCUCAAAGACUAACAGCAACGUGAAACAGGAACCUGGCCAAGGGUCAUCUAACUCAGUAGCGGACCUGACUGCAGAAGUUGAGAGAUCAUUGCUCAUCGUUGAAGUGACGAGCCUAGUCAAGCGACAGACCAUUAACAACACAACCAAUAUCCAAAACACUACAGUAUCUGGAAUGCCAAAUUUCAAACGAUUUAAAAAGAGUGUCAGCGAGAUAACAGUCUUGCCGAGAAUCAUCGGAGGACGAGACCUUAUGCCUCAUGACCAAUCCGUGAACAGUCAGCGUGAGGAGUGGCUGAAACAACAAGAAGAGACCGUACGUAGGCAUGAAGACCGAAAUGCAAUAAAUGAGGAGGAUGAGGAACUCUUCGCCCUCCCUACUAACCCAUGGAGCCGGAUUAGGACGAGGAGAUAGGCAGUAAUGGAGGAGGCUUUAGGGUCGGUGAUUUAAGCAACAGGGAAUUACAGUAGAUUCUUAUUUGUUUUGUCUUUUUCCUCUCUUUUGAAAAUGUUGUAUAUUUUUGUUAUUAGGUCGUCCAGAUUAAUUUCUUUUUUCUUUCACUGGUUUUUCAUUUGUUUUAUCUUUCUUUCCCUCAAAAAGAUCCACCCUUUUCCAACUGGCUGGUGAUGAAGUAAUAUCUUGUUGAAAAUUUUUACAAGAAUUUACAGCUGCUAACGUCCCAGAAAGUGAGAAAGCACAAAAAAAGAUUAUUCAUAUGCAACAUAGCUGCUAUAAAAUUUUCUCACAGGUGGGAAAAAAAGGGAAAGUAGAAAAUACAAGCUUUUUUUUAUAUAAUACAUAACUUUCAUUCAGAAAUUUCAGCUUAGUUUCAUCAUGAGUUGUUGUUAUUACAUCGUUCUUUCAGUUUCUUCAACUGAAAAACGCAAAUUUCUUUAAAAUACAUUAUUUUCAUGCACAUAUUCAUUUUUUUUCCUUUUCCUUUUUUUUUUUUUUUUUUUUCUUUUCUCUCUCUUUCCUUUCCGUUCUCAUCAAGAUUGUUAUUCUUUCUGUUUUCGCGGAUUGGUAGAAACUAGCGAAUUCCUUCAUGCAUUUAGUUCAUCAAAUUAUGCUGUAUCAAAAUUAAAUGUUUUUGUUAUAUAUUUACAAAGAGUAUAGCUUUUUUUGUAUGAUUUAGGGAACCUGAAUGUUGCUCUGCAUUGUUCCAUUACUGAUAAAGGUGAUAUAUAUUUUUCGUUCACUCAUUAUAAGUUUCUCAGAUUUUAUAUUAGGUGCUCAAUAUUGUGUAUGGUGUUAAAGCAAAAAUUUUAUGUAAUUAAAAAUGUAAUGCAUUACAAUAUGUAUCUGUAAUGUCUAUGGAAUAUUAUCAGAAUAAACAGUGUCGUAAUA